UUAUACUAUAGAUGUCAUGCUUUAAAUGUAUUUUCCUGUUGUCAAAACUUUAGGAUAAGUACUUUUUCUAUUAUCAAAACUUUCAUAAAUAUUUCAAAAAUAUAAUUAUUUUUAUCACUAUAUGAUUUAUAUUUGUAUUUUUAUUCUUCAAUAAUAAUGGCAGAAAUUGAGUGGCCAUGGCAAUAUAGUUUUCCUCCCUUUUUUACUCUUCAACCUCAUUCAGAUACUAGGGCUAAGCAAUUAUCAGCAUGGAAAAGUUUAAUAUUAGAAUAUUAUCGUAUUACAAAACAAGCUAUUAUUGAUGUAAGAGAAAUACACUCAAGCCCAUUAUUUAAUAAUACUGCAAUAAAUCGAAAGUUACCAUCAGAAGCUGUUUUAUUAUUAUUGGAAGAAUUAGCAAAAUCAGGAAAUGCUAGUCCAUUAGAUAAAACAAAACAAAGAUGGCUAAUUUAUUGGCAUACUUUAGAAGAAUGGGGUGAAAUUAUUUAUAAUUGGGCACAAGAAAAUGGAUUUUGUGGCUCUGUAUGUACUUUAUUUGAGUUAACACAAGGAGAAGACACAAUUGAUCAAGAAUUUUAUGGACUUGAUACAGAAAUAUUAAUUAGAGCACUUAAAACAUUGGAAACAAAUAAAAAAGCGGAAUUAAUUUUAUUUGAUGAUAAUCAAGGUGUUAAAUUUUUUUAGACACAUAAUUGUAUAAAAGAAUUGUUUAAAAAAUGUAAAUAUUCUAUUAUUCUGAAGAUAUGUGUUUAUGAUUAUGUAUAAAGAAAUAUAUUUUGUAUAUUUUUAAAGAUAUAA